AUGACGGAUCCCGGUAUCAUACUGUUUGGGAAAAAGAUCGGGUCUUUGGAAACCCCCAAGAUUUCCGAUUCUCCCCACUUCGCCGUCGCUAAUAGUGGUGAUAAUGGUUUUCCGACGGACGACAGUCCCAAAACUCCUUCUAUCGAUGAAGACGAUUCGCCGGAGAAACACCAAACCACCGGAGGUCUAAAGAAGCCUGACAAGAUUCUCCCUUGUCCUCGAUGCGAAAGCAUGAACACGAAGUUUUGUUAUUACAACAACUCGAACGUUAACCAGCCACGCCAUUUUUGCAAGAGUUGUCAGAGGUACUGGACUGCCGGAGGCACGAUGAGGAAUAUGCCGGUCGGAGCAGGUCGCCGGAAGAAAAAGAACACUUCAUCGGAUUGUCGUUUUAUUAUCUCUCACGAAGCUUUUGAUGUGGGGCCUCAGAUUGAAUUCGCUGCUGAGAAUUCCGACGGAGUUUACAAUACUUCACGUCAACCAAAAGUUCUUUCCUUUACUCCGAAUUCGCCGAUAUGUAGAGGGAAAGAAAGCGGAGACGAUUGUUCUAGUGGAACAACCACCGUCGUUUCUUCCAAUUCCGUUGUUGAGAAACCACAGGAGAAUAACGGGUUCCAUUCUCAAGUUCAUUGGAUUCCAGGGACUCCAUGGUCGUAUAAUCCAUGGGUUCCAAUGCAGAUUCCGACGGGAUACCCUCCGAUUCCAUUCUACCCUCCGCCGUACUGGAAUUCCGUUUCCUGGUUACCUCCGGCGACCUCUGCUCCAAACUAUUCAAUCCUAGGAAAACAUUCAUCAGAUCGGGAAUCAAUUAACCCAAUCGAGGAACCGAAGAAACAGAAGAAUUCGAUUCUAAUCCCGAAAACGCUUAGAAUCGAUGAUCCCGAUGAAGCUGCGAAGAGUUCUAUAUGGGCAACACUCGGAAUCAAGAACGAAAACUGUAGCAGACGAGAUCUCUUCAAAGGGUUUCAAGCAAAAGGAAAUGAAAAGAAGAAACAACCGAUCACAGAACCUUCGUUAUUAUUACAAGCAAAUCCUGCUGCGUUUUCAAGAUCGCUUUACUUUCAGGAAAGAGCCUAA